GAUGUAUCCACCGGCAAGUGAGGGCAGUCUCGUGCGGCCUGCGGACCAAUCGCAUCGGUCCUGACUGCGACGAGGGACAGCAGUUCAGUGGGAGAUGGCGCCCAGCUCGAAAUCCGAAAAGGACGAUGGCAAGCAGAAAGCUCAAAGAAAACACAAAGACCAUGUCGUGAAGCUUCUCAUGCGAGGGAAGCUGUCAGGACAGUUUUCUCAGCGCCUGUUCAGAAAGCUGCCACCUCGAGUCUGUGUCCCAUUAAAGAACAUUGUCAGCGAGGAGUUCCUGAGAGCAGGACAUAUCUUUCUUGGCUUCACCAAAUGUGGCCGCUACGUUCUGUCCUACACCAGCGACUGUGGAGAAGAUGAUGAUUUCUCUUUCUAUACCUACCAUCUCUAUUGGUGGGAGUUCAACUUACACAGUAGACUCAAACAGGUCCAUCAUGUACGUCUAUUUGCAGGAGAGGAAAUCUACAGCGACCUGUACCUGACUGUGUGUGAGUGGCCAAAUGACCACUCCAAAAUUGUCAUCUUUGGCUUCAACACUCGCAGUUCAAGCUCCGUUUUGAUGAACUUAAUGAUGAGUGAUGAAAACAACAGAGACAUCUACAUCACCAUCGCCUCAAUGCCCCCUCCUAAACCUUGCUCUCACUGCUGCUCAGUCCCCUCGGCCACUACCAUACGCACAGGAAGUGGUGAUUGUCUGGAGCAUGGCUAUGUUCUCAACAGCAGGUACCAGGUCGUGUACCCGUUCCCCACUUUCCAGCCAGCUUUCCAGCUGAAGAAGGAUCAGGUUAUCCUGUUAAACACUAGCUAUUCUCUGGUGGCCUGCGGCAUCUCACUCUGCCCAGGUAAGCAGGGUCAGUCUUCACAGAUCCUUUACACAAAAAGAGCAGCCCUCUCAAGUCAAACCUCCGCUACUUUUUCCUCCACCUCCUUGGCCUCUUCUUCCUUGCCAUCUCAGGGAUGUCCCGAAACCCGACUGCCACCUAGCAAACCUGCUCCAGUACCUUCAUCUCCUAGCCAGUCACAAGCAACCGCGCGAGCCCGGGAGUUUGUCGCUGACCUCUUCAGGCGGGCCCAGGGAGGAGGAGGAGGAGGAGGAGGAGGAGGAGGAGGAGGAGGAGGAGGGAAAGAAAAAGAAAAUGAAGGCCAAGCAGAAAGGAGAGCAGCCAACAGUAGUGAAAAGGAAGCAGUGCACAUAUCAGGAGACAAAGGGAUAAAUGUAGAGCGAAGGAGAGAGGAGGAGGAUUUUAGAGAGAGGGGAGAGGAGGAGAGACGGACUAGUCUACCACGAGCAUCAACAUCAAGUGGAAGCCACAGUGUGCCACAGUGUUCUGAACUAGUGAUGUCCCCUGCUUCCUCUUCCUCAUCGCCGUCCUCUCCUCUGACACCGCCCUCAUCCCAGGAGGCUGGCCCUGGUGAGCCUGGAUAUGUCAACUAUUCACGUCUGCACUAUCGCCUCCAGCAGCCAGGGACAGCAGAGCAGAAUACAGGAGGUUAUGAAGAUGAUAAAGUUCAGCUACCAUUCACAGUCACUGACCUUAAAGGAAGGAACCUGCAGCUGGUCACUGAGCCACACAAUGGACAGAGUGUGUGUGUGGAGCAGUUGACUCUAGACUUUGAGUAUCUUAUCAAUGAGGUGAUCAGGAGUGAUGCUGCCUGGGCCCCUCAGUUCUGCUCCUUCAGCGACUAUGAUGUUGUGAUAUUAGAGGUGUGUCCUGAAACCAACACUGUGAUGAUCAACAUUGGUCUGUUGUUGUUGGCCUUCUCCAACUCGGAUGAGGAGCACUGCAGGCCAAACACAUACCAUUCCAACCUGCAGGUUAGCUGGGACCUAAACACAGGUGUGUGUUGCACUGUGGGUGUUGGUGACCUUACAGAGGUCAAGGGUCAGACCAGUGGGAGUGUGUGGAGUUCUUACAGGAAGUCCUGUGUGAACACAGUGAUGAAGUGGUUGGUUCCUGAGAGUAGUUCUCGCUACAUUAAUCGCAUGACCAACGAAGCUCUACACAAAGGCUCGUCCCUACAAGUGUUGGCAGAUAGUGACCGAUGUACCUGGAUUGUAUUAUGAAGAAACAAGAGGGCCCCAAAUGUCAAAGUAACAGAAACAAAAGCACACACAGAUGUAUGUUGAAACGGCCUCGUCGUCAGUAUGGAGCUUGACCUUAAACUCAGCAAAGCUGCACACGUUCAGUUGUUAAAACACUUGUCAAAUUGAAAGAAAGAACACUCUGAAUGAUAUGUCGUAAAGAUGAAGUUAUUUAGGUGGUCUGUGUUUAAUUUUACAGGUAUCAUCUUUCUUUUUUUUUUUGUAAUUGUGUACUGUAUCUUUGCAACCACCAAAACCAAGAGCUGGACUGAACAAAGAUUUAGUUUUUACAAUUUUGUUUUUAUACUUACAACCGUACUGUUAUUGUAGUGUGAGUGUGUCUUGUGUGUGUCUGUAACUGAACAUAUGCGAAAUCUACACCUGUGUCAAUUUCACAAGGGAAUUUCAACAAGAGAACAAGUUUGUGUGUGUGUGUGUGUGUGUGUGUGUGUUUGUUUAAUGUGUUUGACAGAUUCUGCUGCUUCUGAACAAGCUGUUCCUCACCUGGCCUGGACCAGUUCAGUCUAGCUGUGUUGAUUCAUAAGGCUGCAGUAUUUCAAAUGAGACAAAUUGCACCCAGUACUGCGUCACUUGACCCUUAAGAUCUUUUUUAAACUUAUGUCAUCAAAGUAGAGGGUUGUUGGGGUCCCCUGCUCGGCUGGUUGACAUCAUGCUGUUAUGUUUACUGACACAGAAGUAAGACAAUGUUCUGUUGGGAUAUUUUGUUAAAAUAAAAUGUUCGUGCAAUUUA